UGUUUUAAUAAACGAGAGUUCUUGUGUCGCUUUUAGUCGUUUGGCUUCGUCGUAGUCGUUGUAGUCGUCGUCGUCAUUUCAAUUGAAGCAAAAAUACUUUAGUCAGAACAACUUGUGAGAGCGACGCAUUCAGUUUUAGAUUCCUUACGUUAUAAUCUCUCUCUGUCACUCUCUCACUAUACGAGUAUUGAUAUUAUUGUGAGACAGCAGAACAAAAAACGCCAAAAACCAACGGAAGAACUAAGGAAAUAUUUGUGUGGGGCAACUCUAAACCCAAAAAAAAAAAAAAAAAAAAAAGAAAACAAAAUUUGUUUAUAUUAUUUUCUCUAAACUUAAUCAGCACAUAAAUAACAACAAAUAUUAACAAUGUCGACAGUCGAUAAAGAGGAAUUGGUUCAAAAGGCAAAAUUGGCCGAGCAAUCGGAAAGAUACGAUGAUAUGGCUCAGGCUAUGAAAUCAGUCACAGAAACCGGUGUAGAACUGUCAAAUGAGGAAAGAAACCUACUUUCAGUUGCCUACAAAAAUGUUGUUGGUGCCCGCAGAUCAUCAUGGAGAGUAAUUUCCUCCAUUGAGCAGAAAACCGAAGCCUCCGCCAGAAAACAACAGCUCGCCCGCGAGUACAGAGAACGUGUGGAGAAGGAACUUAGGGAAAUUUGUUACGAAGUUUUGGGUCUUCUUGAUAAAUAUCUUAUCCCCAAAGCCAGCAAUCCAGAAAGUAAGGUUUUCUAUCUGAAAAUGAAGGGAGAUUAUUACAGGUAUUUAGCUGAAGUAGCCACAGGGGAUGCGCGCAACACCGUUGUUGACGACUCGCAAACCGCUUACCAGGAUGCAUUUGAAAUUAGCAAGGGUAAAAUGCAGCCAACACAUCCCAUCAGAUUGGGUCUGGCACUUAACUUCUCAGUCUUCUAUUAUGAGAUUCUAAACUCACCAGACAAAGCUUGCCAAUUGGCUAAACAGGCAUUCGAUAUUGCGAAAACUAAAAUGCAGCCCACACAUCCCAUCAGAUUAGGUCUUGCUCUGAACUUUUCCGUCUUCUAUUAUGAAAUUAUCAAUUCACCAGCGCGGGCCUGUCAUUUAGCUAAACAGGCAUUCGAUGAUGCGAUAGCUGAACUUGAUACACUCAAUGAGGACUCAUACAAGGACUCAACACUUAUUAUGCAAUUGUUGAGAGAUAACCUGACUUUGUGGACAUCGGAUACUCAAGGGGACGGCGAUGAGCCACAAGAAGGUGGUGACAACUAACCAAACAACUAAAUUGUUUCCUUUUUCACUAUGCAAACAAAUAAAAAAAAAAAAAAACAACACAAUAACAACAACAACAAAAACACAGCAGAAAUUAAACAGAACCUAUGAAAAAAUCAGAAAUAUUUCUAUCAACAACUACUGCAACAACAAUAAAAAAAAAGAGAAUCCAAACAAUUACAGUUGAAUGAACUCUAAAGCAAACAAAAAACAAAAAAAAAGAAAACACAAAAAAGGCA